CCCGCAUCUUUUUCUUCUUUCCCUCUUGCCCUAAUUAUUGACGGUCCUUUCUUUCCCUCUGUCUCUCUCGGUCGCUAGCUAGGUUUUUAUUGAAAGCUUGAAUCGAUCGACUGAGGUAACCAAAGUUCAAGCGAACCAGGAAAGGGUUUUCAGUGAAAUCUACUGUUACUCUUUGAAAUCGGAUCCAAUCCUACCUUCGCCCCAUCCUUCUUGUCUCUAUCGGUUGCUACCUAGGGUUUUUCGUGAAAGCUUGAAUCGAUCGACUAGGGUAACUAAAGGGUAAGCGAACCGGGAAAGGGAAGCAAUAAAUUUGACUUAUCUUUUAUUCUUUUCUUGCAGACAAAACUCAAAAGUGCAGUUCAAUUGCGGGACUUGUUAGAUGCUACACGGAUAUUAGUACCUCGUACUAGACCUGGUCCUGGAAGAGACAGCGAGGCAGAAGACAUUGAACAUACAGAAAAGCUUCGUCAAGUCAAAGCAGUCCGUGAAGAGGAUGGACAUUUCUCAGGAAUUUAUCGAAAGGUUCAACUUAAGCCACUUAAGUGGGUUAAAGUUGCAAAAGGUGAUACUGAAGAAGAACGCCCCAUUGAAGCACUCAUGGUUUUAAAAUAUGGAGGUGUUCUUACACAUGCUGGUCGAAAACAGGCUGAAGAACUUGGGAGAUAUUUUCGCAACAAUAUGUAUCCAGGUGAAGGGACUGGACUCCUUCGCCUUCACAGCACAUAUUGCCAUGACCUUAAAAUUUACAGCUCUGAUGAGGGCCAUGUGCAGAUGUCAGCUGCUGCAUUUGCCAAGGGGCUCCUAGAUUUGGAAGGACAAUUAACACCAAUACUGGUUUCACUUGUUAGCAAGGAUUCAUCAAUGUUAGAUGGAAUUGAUAAUGCAAGUAUUGAAAUGGAAGAAGCUAAGGCAAGAUUGAACGAAUUGAUAAUAACUGGAGUGAAAGCAGCACAGGCAAACGGAUUAUCUAUUAAAAACCCUAGAUGGUUGAUGGGGCUGGACUUCCACUCAAUGCUGCAGACCUUCUACCUACACUGGUAAAGCUGACUAAAAAAGUUACUGAACAAGUGAGACUGCUAGCAAAAGAUGAAGAUGAAAAGCUUGCUGAAACAACCUCAUAUGAUGUGAUUCCACCAUAUGAUCAAGCAAGAGCACUUGGUAAAACAAAUAUAGAUGUUGACCGAAUUGCUGCUGGAUUACCUUGUGGAAGUGAAGGCUUUCUUUUAAUGUAUGCGAGAUGGAGAAAAGUUGAAAGGGACUUGUACAAUGAACGCAAAGAGUACGACAUAACACAAAUUCCAGAUGUUUACGACUCAUGCAAGUAUGAUCUGCUGCACACACUACAAGAAAGGAAGUGCGUGUUGGGACCGGUGCUAGCCCCUCCUUCCCCCAAGACCGCCACAAGACCGCCACAGCCCCCAAAAUCGGCGACCUUGAGCUACAUUCCGAAAUUGCCCUCAUUCAAGCUUGUUUCAAUAACAGGUAUUUUUGCUGAGUUCAAAUCCAUCGCCGGACACAGAUCUCAUCUCUUCGUCUCUCUCAACCUGCUGCCGCUGCCGCCGUUGCUUAGCCACGUGGUCGCUGCUCACAACAUUCCGAUUUCAUUGGUAUUCUUCUAUCACGGUAUGAUGGUAUUCAAGGGCUGGUGUACAUCACAAUGA